AUGGUCAAUAAAAUUGCAGAUUGUUACCAUCCCAAGACUGCUAGGAUUUUCUUCAAGCUUCGCCUCUUCCACCACGAUCGAUAUGCUAAACUGAAGAGAAGAGGGCAAACCCAGAUUCGAUCUUCAGUUUUUUCCAAGAUUGAUGAUGAUGAAAACCAGAACUCGAAUUUAUCGACUCCUCCGAAUCAGCAAGCUAAGUCUUUGAAAGUGGGGGUCAAGUCGAGCAGUGAAAGGAAGAAACCAAUGAUGACGGAUGACAUCUCCCAGCCCCAGAUGAUGAGAUGCGGCGGCUUAAAACUACUGUUCUCUAGGUAUUUGUUUGCUGGUAGGGAUAUACUGAGUCAUAUAAGCGAGUUUUGCAACGAGUUGAAGAAAUUGGCUACCAGGGCAAAGGAGAGAGAAAUUGAGGAAGCUGAAGAGGCAGUGGUGGAGAAAGAGAGGAAGCCAUUGCUCUAA